AUGCCACCCAAAGGCCAAAUCCGCGGCACUGCGCUUGGCCGACCCGCGCAACCGAAAGGCUACGCUCGCAAUUUUCUGAACGAGGUCACGAAGCAGGAGAACCGGAGUGUCGUCACCAGCGUCGCUUUCUUCGCUGCGGGCGUGGCAUUCUUGCACAGCAGCUGGAGUGAAAUCCUGCUUCCUCCGUGA